UCCAAGUCGUUCCCUUCUUUCCUUCUCCUACACCAUAAUCACUGAUUUGCUGCAUUUAAUCUCUGCAGUAUCGAUUGAUCAGUUGCCUCACUUUGUUUAUUCAGAUUAAGUCAUGUCUGCGGGUGCUCUCCUUACUGCUCGCAUCUUGUUAGUGCUUCUCGCCACGGUUAUCCUUGUGGCUAGUGCCUUUGUUGUCAUCAAAAACCGUCUCUCGCUAGGAAGUUUGACAUGGCCUACAUGGAUGCCUUUGAUACUCGCUAUCCUGUCUGAUCUGAUCUACUCGCUCUCACUUGGCAAACGCGCAUUUAUCUCGCGUGGUUACAGAUGCACCUUUUUAGUUCUACUAGCAGUUGCUUGGUUUGUUUCGCCCAGUUACCGGAUCAACCGGAUGAUGCACUAUCGAGGGAGGUUUCUCCAACUCUGGAAUUGUGGUGUAAUCGAUUGUACUCUGGCUAUGAUAAGCGACAUCUGUGGGUUCCUCAUGGGGCUCUUUGUACUAGUAGAGCUGUCAUUGGCAUAUAAUUACGAGCGCAAACAAUCACAGAAAACAUCGUCUACAUCCAUUUUCGUGGCACCGACAGCCCAUCAACAAACACAUUACAUUCAAUUGGAGCAUCAGCACCAGCAGCAACCCGUGGCAUUAUCAUACCCAUACCAACACCAAGGAUAUGAUCAAAGACAUCCUUUGCAGUCUACACACUACGAACAGCUUCCAGUUACAGUAGCAUAUCAACCUGCGUCAGCACCUUCUGGCUCUCCAUAUUAUUGAUAGUCUGUACCUCUCACAGGCGCUGCGCUAUAAAGAUUUAUAAUAAUUAACAUAUCGUAGCAAAAAAAAUACAUGUAAAAGUAUAAAACUCUUGCACUUUUGUACACUCGUGCUCAUUUAUCUAUUGCUUGUGGAUCGGAUGGCUCCAUGAUGAUUGACAAAUAAUUCCCGCCAGAGUACACACAUGGUAUAUUUUGGCGGGGUGGAUUCUUAGGUAAAGUUCACUCGUUCAGUCAUAGAAUUGCAAAAGC